CAGCGCUUAAAGGUGUGCACUAGAAGUGCAAUAUGAUGCCGGCCAACGUUCCUCGAACACCAGUUCUCCUGCUCGCCAUUAUCCUAUUAGCGUUCACAAGUUCUCCAGCCUUAGGAAAAAAAGCUGAAAUCAAUUCUGGUAACGUCCAAAGCGUCAAGCUUAAACCAGGUGGAUUGAAAGCGGUGAUACAGGGUUGGUCCAAGACGCCAAUUGAUAGAAAAGCGAUUGAGGAUUUAGGAGACGCUGGUACAUCUGACGAUCCCGAAUUUUCUGACGAACUUCUUCAAGUUCUCACAGACGAUGACCUAUUCGACAAAAGUGGAUCACCUGGAAGUCCAGCAUGUUUCGACCUGGUGUUGAUCCUAGACGUAUCGUGUUCAAUCCUGUUAUCAACCAAGGAGCAUGCGCGGGAUUUUGCGGCAAACUUGGUAUCACGUCUUGCGAGUAUACCAGGAACUGAUAUUAAAGUUGGACUCAUGCUGUUCUGUAAAGGAACGCAACAUGUUUUCUAUCUAGACGAUGGUCUGGAAGUUGAGGAAUUGGUUAAUGCCAUCAGGGGCGCCGAUGUAGAAGGGGAAUGUAAAUCACAUCUUCAUACUGCACUGAAACAUCUCCACGAAACUUACUUCACAGUAGAAAAGGGAGAUAGGGAUAACAGUAAAUACCCCAACGUGGCCAUGAUGUUUACGGACGGAAGGACAGCUCAGUUUAAAUACAACAAUGAUACCCUCGCACAGGCCAUGGCUGUAAAGGAAGCUGGUAUUGAAAUCAACAUCAUGGUAACACCCCACAGGCGAGGUCUUCCGGACACAGGUGAAUUCCAGGCUCUCCCAUCCAAGCCAUACGCCGACCAUUUUUUCAAGAUUGAAAACGAGGACGAAGAGGACAGGGUUUUCGAAACGCUUACUUCACAUUAUUCAUGCAAUGGACCCGCAGAUCAACAAGUGUGCGCCGACAUUGUCUUUUCAUUUGAUACAUCGUGUUCGAUUGACGCGACAAAUAUCACGGCGGCGGUGGACAUUGCCAAGGGUAUUAGUAUGAAUCUGGCACUCGACUCCUCCAAAGGCUCAAGGAUUAGCGGGUUCAGCUACAACGUAGAUGUUGUCGAUUCAUUCGACUUCUCAUCCGGCGAACCGGACGGUAAUCCAGCCAAUGUUGUAAAGCUGUUAUCUGAUCUUAAAGCCGUCCGUGAUGCCGUUGACGGAUGCAGAACGAGGACCGAUAUUGCGUUCAAUAAAACAAUUGCUACCUUGGCAACACCGAACGACAGAGACGACAAAAUUUAUCGCGAUGUUGCUAUUUUCUUCGGAGAUGGAAGGACUUAUCCCAUGAGGUACCGCAAAGCUACGAUUAGAGCUGCCAAGUCAAUACGUGACAACGGUGGUGUUGUUAUAUGGAUAGUGCUGACCAGUAAUCGAGGGUUGUUCAAAAUCAUUGACGGUAUUGAGAAUGAAAUUGAAAACGUUGUUUCAGAGGAUCCAUUUACUGGGGAAAAAUUGAUAUUCUAUCAUGACGAUCCAUUUGCCACUCGGAGGAUUCUUGGGUUCCUCGACCAAGCCGCGGGUUGUCUGUAA